AUGAUCCUCCGAUAUCUCGUCCUCCUCUUUGUUAUCCCUAUAUUGGGAGCUCAACCAAAACCAACGCCACGGCUCCCGCCCCCAACAGGCCCUUUUCAAAUAGGAGUAAUGCACCUCCCGCUAAUAGAUUUCUCCCGCAAAGACCUGUUCGACCCCUCCAAUUUUCGAAAGCUCAUGAUAUCAAUCUAUUAUCCAAUCCUCCAUUCAACCACGCCAUCAAAAAGAUUACCCUACCUUCCUCCCCUCCUCUCCUCUCUCUUCGAGGCCCAGCAUCCUUUCCCGAAUGGAACGCUUCAUACCAUAAUCGCAAACGCCAAGCCCAAUGCUGCUCCACUCUUACUUCCGAACCCUCGAAGGUUUAUAUACUCCCACGGGGGAGGAACAUCCAGAUUGAUAAACACAGCGCUAUUUGAGGAUUUGGCCAGUUAUGGAUACAUCUCGAUUGCAAUUGAUCAUCCCUACGACGCGGUAGUAGUUGAGUUUCCUGAUGGAACAGUGAUUUAUCGUGACCCUUCACCGUUCAGUCAGGAAGUAGUAGAUAGAUGGUAUCUUCAACGAAUCUUGGAUAUAGAAUAUAUCGAUAACAUAACUUCGGAUCUCUGUGUCCUAUUCAACACGUCAAAAGAGGCAGGCAUAUAUUCGGAGCGCAAACUAGAAGUUGACAAGUCCGACUCUGUUGACACGGGCUUCGACCACAUAGACCCCGUAACUUCACAGCGCAGGACCUCGACGCCUUCGAACUCGUGUUUGGAACCCAAACAUCCACGCAAAGCAGUAUUGGGCGGCCACUCAUUCGGCGGUACCUCAGUAGCAGGUGCUAUGAUCGCACAGCCCCACCGAUAUCUAGGAGGCUGGAACUUCGACGGCUCAUUCUGGAACUCUUCAAUCGCAGGAGACGCCAAAGGGCCAUUUUUCAUCAUGGGAGGACCUGUAAGAAUUCCAGCGGGAGACACGACGUGGGAUUCUUUCAGGGCAGCACAAACGGGCUGGGAGAGGGAAGUUAUUGUAAAUGGAACGCAGCAUUGGAGUUUCACAGAUUUCGCGGCCGCGGUUGACGUCUUGGGGCUGAAUAAGACGAGUCCUGAGAUUGAGGCGUUUGUCGGUACGAUUUCGGGGGAGAGAGCGAUUCAGAUUCAGAGGGAGUAUGUUAGAGAUUUUUUGGAUUGGAUUUUUGGGGCAAAGGAAGGAGGUGAAUUGGUGAAGGGACCGAGUGGAAGAUUCCCUGAGGUGGAUUUUAUUCCUCCCCCUUGA